AUGACAAACGAACGUGCUAUUACUAUAGAUCAUCCCGAAGAAAAGAUAUUCUCUGACCAAGAUGUCGUUUCAAAAUCAAGCAGCACUGGUCACUCUGUCUCCGACACUGCUGAAGUGUACCAAGACAGUAAAGCCAUCUCACUGUCUGAAACUGAGGGUGAAAAGGGACUUCCGCCAGUUCGCCAUGAUGAAGAAGAGCAUGAUGGCGGCUAUGGCUGGUUUGUAGUUCUGGGUGCAUUCCUCGUUCAAGUUACCAGCUUUGGCACCUGCACCAGUUGGUAA